ACAAGAUCCACGGCAGCUCAGACAACGUAGUGUUAAUAUCAGGCAAGAAUGUUGAAAACAGAAACAUCCUCAGCUUCCAGGUUGAAAAUCCGCCCUGUACUUCAAACUUGAGAAUGGCAGGAGUGAGCAUAGGAGUGGCGUGCGGACUUAUACUUUCGUGA